AUGAAACUACGAACCCUGAUUAACAGAAUCCCGCGUGGCAAGGUGCUCGGUGGGUCGAGUUCCAUCAACCAUAUGAUCUAUGCUAGAGGAAAUCGAAAAGACUUUGACGCAUGGGCAUCUGAGUAUGGCGCGGAUGGCUGGUCAUACGACGAUGUGUUGCCAGACUUCAUCAGCAUUGAAACGUCGCACCUCGGCAUCGACAAUGGAUACCAUGGCGAAAGCGGGGAAGUUCCUAUCACUUUCCCUAGUUCGCAUACGACGGCUAGCAACUUGUUUUUAGAGGCUGGCCGGGAACUUGGUUACAGUAACGACGACUACAACGGGCCGAACCAGACAAGCUUCUCGCGAGUACAAAACAACAUAAAGAACGGAGAGCGCUGGAGUUCUAGUAGAUCCUUUAUUCCAAACGACGUCCGCAGAAGAAAAAAUUUCGACGUCGCACUUUAUUCCCAUGUGACAAAGGUUCUUUUUGAAGACGCAACUGCUGUAGGAGUGGAGUACAAGCGCAACCUUGGAACGCACUCCGUUCGGGCUAAGAAAGAAGUAAUUCUUUGCGCUGGAGCCAUAGCCUCUCCGCAGCUACUGAUGCUUUCAGGCAUAGGACCUCGAGAACAUCUCGAGUCUCUUGGGAUAAACGUAAUAGCAGACCUUCCUGUGGGAGAAAAUCUAUUUGAUCACAUCACCGUGAACGGAAUAGCGGCAACGUCUGUAGAGAACAUCGAAGUCAACUAUUAUUUACCGUCUACAAUACCACUAUAUUCACUCUUUAGAACAGGUGCCAAGAUCGCCGUGCAGACAUUAGAAACUCAAGCUAUGAAGAAUGGCAAGGUGACCAUUUGGGACGCUGUCUUGCCAGCGUGCGAGUCGGCAGGACCAUUGUGGAGCGAUUCGUACCUGCGUUGCUUUGUGCAGCACACUUCACUCAGCGGUUGGCACCCUUGCUGCACUGCACCGAUGGGGACGCAUCCACAGGCCGUGCUAGAUGCCAGACUCAGGGUCCUUGGCGGCGUUAAAAAUCUGCGCGUUGUGGAUGCCUCGUCGAUGCCUUCCCUUACGGCGGGAAACCUUAAUGCACCACUUAUGAUGAUGGGACACCGAGCAGCCGCCAUGAUUAUCGAAGACAACUCGGUUCAAGAGUAA